GUGCGAGCGCAGAGCUGCGGUGCCAGGAGGACGGACUGUGGUCCCUGCCGGAGGCGUACUGCCAGCUGACGUGCCGGGCCCCGCCGCCCAUGGCCAACGCCGUGGCGCGCACCGACCGCUGCAAACACGACGGACAGGAGGUCGGCUCCUCCUGCAAGUAUCGCUGCGAGCCGGGACACCACGUGCCGCUCACCAGUCGCAAGGGGUUCAAGGUGAGGUGCACGGACAGUGGCCACUGGGAGGAGGGCGGCUGCGUGCCCGUGCAGUGCCCCCCGCUGCCGCCAGUGCUGCACGGCUCCUACACGUGCACGCAGCGCUGGCAGCUCGGCUCCCGCUGCUGGGUCAACUGCAGCACCGCCAGCGCCAGCAAGAACCACACAGUGAUCCGGUGCAGCAAGAAUGGACGCUGGAGUGGGGAACUGCAGCUGUGCCCGCACGAGCAGGGCGAGUGCACCGCCCCGGACCCUCCGUUCAUCAUCACAUGCGACUGCCCUACCGGAUACGGAAUAGGAUCCGUGUGCAAAACAAGCUGCCUGAUCCCACACAGCGACUCCGUUUUGCUCCCUGAGAAUGUCACCGUCCCGGAGAAGAUCACCGCCCCGUCUGCCGCACUGGUGAUCACCGUUCCAGCCAGUUGUGACCGCAAGAAGGAGUGUGCCUGCCGUGAUCCCAGCGCCAAAGAGAAUGCACAGAAGCGGUGGAUGGUGACACUGACGUGGCGGCAGCGGCGUCCGCUGCUCAUCGCAGGAGCUCACGGACAGAGUCCAGCGGCCGCCCUGGUCAAUGCCGUGGUGUUCGCUUACCAGAGAGCACUGCGCGCCAGCUGCUUUGAAGAUCCU